AUGAUAUUCUAUUUUGAAAGACAGGAAUUGGAAUUUAAAUCUUUGAAUUAUGUCAAGAUUAUACAUAAACAGAGAUCAUUGUGUGGAUAUAGUUGGUCAAAACUAGUGGGUCAUCCUCAUUUGCUAGUACAAUACAACUAUUUAGAUCAGUUAUUGACUCAUUGGUUCGACAUUAGCUAUUCAGAUCCACACUAUCAUUAUAAACGUUAUCUAGUGGAUUUCGAUAUCUUUUGGUUGGUCGAAACCGCCGUUAUAUUCCGCCGUUUGGAGAUUAUCAAAUACAUUGUAGAGGUUAAACAAAAUGAUCUAUCUAAACAUUCUAUUGCAUUGGUAGAGACUGCUGCCAAACAUGGAAACAUGGAGAUCAUCCAAUACAUUCAAUCAAAAGUAGAUCCUAAAGUACCAACACCCUAUAGAUUGUUGCUGUGUAAUGCAUGCACUACUGAUAAUCUCGAGCUGAUACAGUCACUCUCUGAGAAGGUGUCGCCAAGCGAAGACUAUUCCUUCGGUUCUACCCUACCGAUAACCAAUGCAGUCAAACACGGUAACCUAGAGAUCAUUCAGUGGUUAUUGCCGCGACGAUUGAAUGACAAGAAGUCACAUCCCUAUAAUCUACUGGCGGCAGCACUGAUCAACAAACACUACCACGUUGCCGAUUGGUUGCAUGACAACGGAUAUCUAUUCAAUACUGUACCGCUAGGUCUGGCAUUCAACGGUCUUACACCAAGCCAACAUCUCUUUGAAUGGCUGAGAAAAUCAAAGAUUAAAUUUGAGUACUCUGGAAAUGAUCUGGAUUUUGCUGCUGGCGGACCGUCUCUUGAUCUCGUCCGGUGGAUUCAUUCAAAUACCACAUGCAGCUGCUCAAAGAAUGCAAUGUACAACGCAUUCUAUAACUACCGGUUCGAUGUAUUUAAGUGGUUGCAUGAGAAUCGCACUGAAGGAUGUAAGCAAAUCAGUGGAUUCUCUCGAAAUGUUCCCGUCGAUCAAUCGACACCACUCGAAAUGGUGAGUUGGUUUCAUCAUAAUAGGAGUGAAGGUUUCACCGCACUGGCGAUGGACAGCGCUGCCAGAUUCUCACACGACAUCGUGAAGUUCCUACAUUCCAAUAGAACAGAAGGAUUCACAGGAGAUGCACUGCUAUACUCGAUUGUAAAUAAUAAUCUAGAGACAUUCAAAUUCCUCAGGGAGAAUUCAAAUUCGGUUGAAAUUCCUGUGUAUCUAUGUGAUGAUGCUUGUGGACUUGCGAGUUUGGAGAUGAUCAAGUAUCUACACGAAAAUUGUACACAGCCAAAUCUCUGGAGUUUCAGAGCGAUGGACAAGGCAGUACAAGAAAACAGAAUGGAAGUAGUCCGGUUUCUCCAUGAAAACAGAACGGAAGGCUGCUCCUACAGAGCAUUGAAAUAUUCAAUUCACUUUCAGAGUUUAGAGAUGGUUCAAUACCUGUUAGACAACAAACUAGUUGAAUUCAAUGAGGAUAUCAUAUUGAAUGAAUUUCAAAAAGGAAAUCCACCGUUUAGAAACAUUGAAAUGCUUAAUUGGCUGAUAAUGCACCCCAAUUUCAAUAGACAAAAGUUGAUCGAUAAAGCAGUAUUUCAUUUUAGCCAAGGUCUAAAUUGUUUCUUAAAAGAUUACGACAUAGAUAUAAUUGAUUAUUUUGAUAUAUUUAAUAUUUAUUAUUAA